AUGAUCUAUGGACCCAUUCAGCAUUGGAAUGUCAGUACUGUCACCGACAUGAGUGCACUCUUUACCAAUGCCAUUCACUUCAAUACUCCACUCGAUCAAUGGAAUGUGGCCAAAGUUACCACCAUGGCGCACAUGUUCCACGGCGCGUCCCAUUUCAAUCAAGACUUGAGUGCCUGGAAUAUGCAGUCCAUACAAACCAUACAAGGCAUGUUUGCCAAGGCAUCCAGUCUCACCAUUGAUACGCUCUGUUGGGACACUCUACCACACAACUUACAAUUCGCACAAAUGCAAGACAUGUUCUGUGGAACCAAUGGAGCCGCAUUUGAUCCCUGUUGUCCCAACAUGCCUUCGCAUCAAUACGAUCAUGCUUGUACGUGUACACAAACAGACAUGUCUCCACCGACUUGUCACAGAUUCUGUGCGGCACAUACACAUUCUCCUUCCUUUACGCCAUCCACCUUUCCAACCAACAUGCCCACAACAACCAUGCCCUCUUCUCAACCAUCCAUGGCACCUUCCAUUACUCCAUCUCAAAUGCCCACAACAGCACCUUCCAUGGCGCCCACCAGUACUCCAUCUCAAAUGCCAACAAAAGCACCUUCCAUUACUCCAUCCACUAUUCCCACUAUAGCACCCACAACCAUGACUCCAUCCUCUCGUCCUUCCAGAAGUCCCACAAGGAACCCGUCUCAAAUGCCAACCACCAGCACUGGAUCAUAUCAUCUAUCACUGGCUGGAACCAACAGACCCACUCCGUAUCCUACUUCAAAACCACCCACUCCAUAUCCUACUUCAUCAAAGCCAGUUACUCCAUUGCCUACACCUACACCUUCACCUACUUCUACUUCUUCUAGUCCAUCCAUUACACCAUCAUCUCAGGCACCAUCAUACGCUCCUACAAAGGCACUUAACUAUACCACUGAUCCACAAAUUACUCUUAUUGGAAGAGAUUACAACUUUACCAGAGCACCACAACCACCACUUGAACAAGAAGAAGAGGAGGAGGAGGAAAUACUGACGGAAGAUGAAUUAUUCGGCAAUACUAAUAAUAAUGGCGGCAUUAAUGUCAUUUCCAUUCAACAAGAACCAGGAGCAUCCUUGCCCGGUACUCUACGCACCAAUGCACACUCCAGUCCACAACAAGCAGAGUGGGUCCCUUACGUCGUCGGAACUACCGUCGGGUUGGUCGUUGCCGCACUCUUAUUGGCAUUGGUCGUAAGACGACAACGACGGCAGCACGAACAACUACGGUUGACCAGCAGCAAAGAUGACGAAUACGACAACGAUUGCAAUGAAGACGAUUGGGAUACCCUCCAACUCGACGUGGAAGAACAAGCCGUCCAAGAAAUUCUCCAAAAACAACAGCAACAACAACAACGACGACCCAUUGCCGAUGCUCCCAUUACCAUUGAACAACGCAUUCGGACGAGUGGAGAAGAAGCCCUCGAAUUGUCCUACUAUGACGAUGGUUCCUGGGAACAAGAUUGGCAAGAUGAAAUUGUGUUGCGGCGCAACUCGACAUCGUCGUCGUUUCGAUUGGCAGCGGAUGAAGUGGCCGUACGAGAAGUCAUGCGGACCGAACAACAACAGCAACCUCCAAAUCCAAACGAUACCAGUGGAGAUUCCUUUGUCAUUACCCGUAUUGUCGUGCACGAUCGAGACAAACAGCAGGAACAGCAAUUGCGACCGGGUCGACAAAGGUAG